AGGCGUGUGUUGAAAAUUCCUACCAAAUUUGAUUUCGGCGAAUAUUACUGCCUCUUUUAUGCUUUCUACUGAUUUAACAAAUCUCCAAAAUCCUUCAUGGUGAGUUAUAUAUAUACUCAUGCUGCUCGAUGAACGAAUCCGUUCCGGAUAUUUGUAGCAUUUAUUGUAAAUUCUUCAAAGUCCAUUAAUGUCCAUAUCCAUCUCUUACUGAUGCAUCCGUUUGCCUUCUUUUUCCUUAUAAUUUGAAAAAUGGGUUUUUGAAUUUUCCUUGAGCUUCCCCUGUUUCUUCUCUACCUUCCCUUAACCAGCAAUCGACAGAAUCCAUGGAUGCCUCUCAGUCUCCUCUUACACAGUUUCCAUCUCUCUCCGAGCUGGAGUCUCGGAUGCAAGUAAUGCGCGUCUCUGCUCUUGAAGAAAACCAAACCGGUGAAACAUUUUCUCAACGUGCUGAAUGGUUUUACCAGAGACGUCCUCUCCUUCUCUCACUCUGUCAAGAUCUCUACGAUGGUUACGCUACUCUCUUGGACCGUUUCAAUCAAAACCCUAAACAAGUCAUUCCUCAUGACAAUGAUACCGAUACUGAUAUCACUUCUGAAGUAGAGAGCAUCUUGUCCUUUCAACAGAUGGAAGUCUCCACUUGUGAUAAGCACAAGAACAUUGAAGAGUUAGUCUCGCAGCUAAUGACUGCAAACUGGGAGAAAGAUACCGCAAAGCACGAGUUGCAACGCAGAGAACAAAAGUUGCAAGAAGCUUCCAAGACAAUUGACUUGCUAAAGAAGCUUGUGAUGUUACUUGACAUGGAGAAAGAAGUAGCUGUAGAGGAAACCGCAAAUCUCGGAUACAAACUCACUUCUCUCCUGGAAGAGAACCGAGAGCUCGCCACUGAAGCGCUGUUUAUGAAAAAGGAAGCAGUUAGGCUUGCUAGGUGCGUGCUUAAGAUGAGGGAUGAACAUUUUCACAAGGUGUGUCAUCUCCAGAACCAAAUCUACACGUUGCAGUCAUCGAGAGAGUCUGUCUACGAAAAUGUAUCCUCGCCGAGCUGCUUUGGAUUGGAUAAUAGUAAGAACAAGAGCAAGAAGAGAAAGAUGAGUGAAACUAGAAGUGAAACUGGAGAGAAAAAGAGAUCCAAGUGGUUAAAGAGACUCAAUACCAUCAAUCCAUUUACCAAAUGUAGCAUUACCCCAUCGUCUUCUCCGCUCCAUCAUGUUGCACUCUAAAUUAGUUACUACUCUUUACAUUGUAUUUCUGAUAAUUCAUUAGGAUUGGAUAAUAAAUAAUAAUAAUGCUUGCAUGUGUUCUAUUUGCCUUAGCAGUGUUUAACA